AUAGUCUGGAAAAAAGGAGGGCUAUUCGAUCCUCGAGCAAGCUGAUUGGUCCUCGUCUGAAGUAGGUCUGAUGGAGGUCCAACGAUCAUUGGCUGAAGAAUAUAAAAACCAAGGAAAUUCCUGCUAUAAGCGAGGGCUGUAUGAUGAGGCUAUUGUGUGGUACACAAAAGGCAUAAAUAUCGACAGUACGAAUGCACUCUUGUACAAUAAUCGUUCUGCUGCUUAUCUCAUGAUAAAUAAACCUUUGGAUGCUUAUAAAGACGCCAGCAGAAGCAUCAGUUUAGAUUCUCAGAACGUGAAGUCAUUACUGCGCUGCGUAAAAUGCUGUCUUACUUUAGGUGAUUUAAAUGAAGCUAAACGUCUGUGUGCAGUGAUUAGGCAGUUGGAGCCGCAUAACAGUGAACUGUCCUCAUUGCUUGAGAAGAUUAAACUACUGUCAGAAACACAUCAGUCAUUUGAAGACAAAUUGUCUUCAUCUGACUUUAGACACGCUCUUUAUUUAAUCGCAAAAUGUAUUGAAAUAGCUCCUGCUUCACUGGAUUUCAAUUUACAAAAGCUAAAUGUGCUUAUCCAACUGAAACGAUUCACAGAAGCCAAAUGUUUGGUUGAGAACUUAUUGCAGUCACAUGACACAUCAGUUGAUCUGCUUUUCUACCGAGGAUUAUGUUUGUAUUAUUUGGACCACUUAGAUAAAGCGAUUAGUCAUUUCCAACAUGUUCUGCGCCUUCAUCCAGACCAUGUAGAAACACAGAAGGUGUACAAACGUGCAAAGAAUCUCCUGAAACUUAAAGAAGAGGGCAAUACAUUUAUUCAUGAUCACAGAUACUCGAAGGCAUUUGAAGCGUAUUCGAAAGCCUUGGAGGUAGAUCCAUCCCAUGAUGUGAUCAAUGCGAAGUUGUAUUGCAACCGAGCUUGUGCUUUAUUUUAUCUUGAUCGCUUUGAUGAAGCGCUGAAAGAUUGUGAUACCGCUCUUUCUUUGGAACCAAAUUAUUUAAAGGCUCUAAUUCGUCGAGCUAAAUGCUAUUCUUCUCUUGAGGAAUACGAGAAAGCAGUUGAAGAAUGGGCUAAAGUGGUAAAGUUGGAUGCUUCACCGGAAAAUAAAAAGUCUUUGCAAGCUGCGAAAUCUGCUCUUUCCAGAUCGCAACAACGUGAUUAUUAUAAGAUACUUGGUUUGAAAAAGAAUGCUUCUUUUGAUGAGAUAAAGCAGGCAUACAAGAAGAGUGCACUUCUCUAUCAUCCAGAUCGUCACACCAGCGCAGACGAAGCUACUUUAAAAGAACACGAACGUAAGUUCAAAGAAAUAGGCGAAGCCUACAGUGUAUUAUCAGACCCUGAAAAACGCCGCAAAUACGAUAGUGGAGAGCUCUUAGCAGCUGAUGGCUUUGAUCAAGGCAAUGUAUCAGCUCGCAAUUUGUUCACUCAAGUCUUUCCUGGUUUUGGAACGUCUACAGUUCAUUUUUAUUUCGGCUGAAUCGCUUUUGUGAAUAUAAAUAAAGUUAUACAAGUUUUCAAGUUCAGUAUGUCUAUGCAGAAAGAGUUUUAAACUGGAAAGAACACAUGUAAUACCUCUGUAUCACUGAGUUAAUUAAAUCCUGUGUUGGUUAGUCCUUCGCCUAUGUUUGUUUGUACAAUUCGUAGAUGAUAAAUAAGCUAAUGUACAAGAUGAUUCAGUUAAUGCGUUAUUCAGUUUUCAAUUUCCACUUUAUUGUGUUAAUCAAUAUUACUCUUCUUAUGGAAAUAAUCACCUGCAUAUACACAUUACAUAUUUAGUUAACACAUUUAUGGAAUGAAGUAACUCUUUUUAAAUUUAUUUUUGUCUAUUUAGCGAGUGUUUUUCUUUAAUUUUUUACCCCUUAGGAGAAAAAAAACGUUUUCCAUCUUCAUACAUACUCAAAAUCCUGUCAAAAUGUAUUUUACCUUCCUACCUUUUGUUAAUGAUUCGAUUUCUGAAUUUAAGUACAGGACUUUACUACCUGCAUUUCUGCAGACCUUUUGAUUACCUAUUGCAAAGACACUUACACGUUGCAGACGUUUUCAUAAUUCACAAUGGAUACAAUUCCCAUUAUGACUUAAGAUGUUACUAAUUCAAGGCAUUAUGAUAACAAAAUACAGCAGGUCUUAGCCCUUAGUUUGGAUUUUUCUGUAAAUAUACAGACUAGUUAGCAUG